AUGUCACAUCCCUUUUACAAACGGAUCUUGAAAGAGUACCGAAGCCUCCAGAAAGCCACCUUACCGGGGAUCGAGCUCGUGUCAAAUAAUGAGGAGUUGAGUGAGUUUGAAUUCGAGAUGGUAGUGCUCAACAACCACCAACUUUAUAAAGAGCCAGUGAAGUUAAUCGUAAAACUCACAGAUGAGUAUCCAGUGGCACCUCCAAAAGUGAAGUUUUUGCAGGAGGUGGGAGCAUACGACAUUCCCAUGCACCCGCACGUGUAUUCAAACGGGCACAUUUGCCUCAAUUUACUUGGAAAUGAUUGGACUCCAGCAUGUUCUAUAGAGAGCAUUUUGUUGAGUCUUCAGAGCAUGCUUGAAUCCAACACCAAGCAGGAGCGGCCGCCGGACGAUGCGCGGUACGUGCGGUACGCGCCAGCGUACGCCAGCGCGAGCGGGUUUGUUUACCAUGAUGAUUCGGUGUAA